AUGUCGCCGAGCUCGGAGACAGUGCUAGGCAGGCCAACCGCCACUUCCGAGGUAGCGUGCGACUUCCAGGACCCAAUCCCCUGCGAAUGUGCAAAUGCUUCAAACGAAGAUGUAAACGACGGAGGCCAACAGCUGGCACCCUUCUACAUUGCAUUUAUCAACCAAAUGGAGGCGACACGGCCAGAGAUACUGCGGGGUGUUCGAGUUGGGAAGCUGCUGCGGUACUUGCCGUCGACCUGGCUACUAGGAGGUGACUUCGACACUUUGCACUCGCUCAGCCAGCAGACACCGCACUUUGACCAGUUUUGGUCACACAGCUGGCGGGGGGGCCGGUGGUCCAAGUACAUCAACAUACUUUACCUCCAUAAUUGCGUGCCGGCAACCGUUGCGGGAUCCUUGAGUGCGAGUGUAGUCUGCGGCCUCGUCUCGGCCGGACUUCUGGUUGGGAGAUGGUGCCUGUUCUCCGGGCUUGUUGCCUUUUGCAUCGUCCUGCUGCUCUGGCGUCCACGGAAGCUGGUGUUUAUAGACAUCGCAUGCAUUCCUCAAGCUGACCAAGACAGAAAGGGAGAGGCCAUUCUGAGCAUGGGUGCAUUUUUGAAGCAGUCGGCUUCCAUGCUGGUUCUCUGGGAUCCAUCGUGGGUGACAAGACUGUGGUGCAUCUUCGAAAUCGCCGCUUUUCUGCACAGCCGCGGUCCCGGUUGCAAGGCAGAUCUAGAGAUUAUUCCUCCCUUGUUGGGGCCAGUGCUGCUGGGCUGCGAGAUGCUGCUCUGCGUAACAGCCCUGGCAUACGGAUACAUUGAAUCCUCCUUGGCCUCUUCGGAAGAGCCAGUUUUGGUGGGAGAAGAAUCUCUGUUGCUCCUUGCUGUUCUUGGCCCGCUUUUCAGCUUCGUGACACACGCUCUUCGAGGCUAUGCCCGCAGCGUGGAGACGCUUCAAGAGCAGCUCCGGGAGUUCAAAGUAGAGCAUGCGAGAAGCGCUUGCUGCGAUCAGGGCCAUGAAGACAAGUCGCUAUGCGACCGCGAAGUCAUUCUUGAAUGCAUCACUGCAUGGUACAGCUCACUGGACAACUUUGAGUCGCAAGUUCAAUCCGAAGUGCGGAUGGCCAUCAUUGAUCAGCUUGCAUACAAAGCUAUCUCCUAUCAACGCAUCGUGCUUCUUUCAACUCCGUAUGUCUGGAUUCGUCUUGAGUAUGCAGCUAACCGGCCUAGUGAUCCCAGCGGACAGAUAGCCGAUCUGGCCCAGACGUUCACCUACUUGCUUGCGAUCUUUCCUCUGCUAGACAAACUCUGCUUCAGAUUGUGUUACCGCUGGCGAGCACGAUGUCGUGGGCAGUACUCGGACUUCUUGCUAUCGAAUGCCAUCGUUGUCGUGAACCUCUUGGUUUACAUCGCUUGCUACACGAUCCAGAUCUACGUCUUCCGUCAACCCGAGCGGGAACUUCUCCUGACUCUGAUCUCGAUGUUUUCAUGGUGGACUGUCGCGACGCAGGCUCUUCCUCCGAUCAGUCCCCUUGAGGCAACGCCGCAGGAAGUUGCCGGCUGGACGACGACCGAGCGUCGGCCGGUGCUUGGACGGCGAAAGUCGCCACCGCGCCGUGCACAGCAGGGAAUCGGCCAGACUUGGUCCAAUCGUUUUCUUCGGAUGGGUGUUCAGAUACAGAUUUUCCAGGGUCUUGGAACGUGUCCUGCAGUGGAGCAUGAUGAGUUUACGCAACGCAGUGCCACCCACGUGGAGCAUGCGCAUGUACGGCCGAAGAACAAGCUUCUUGGCGGUGCGCGCUCGUCCCGGUCCCAACUCCGGGGAGAGACCCGAUGUGUGGGCAGUCAAGGUGAAGAUGUGUCUCUCGGCGCGAGGGUUGACAUGCCUCCCCUUGGGGUGUCUGGAGCUACCUUGGCCUCGGCCUCGGUGGCAAACGAGAGGGGAUUUAAGGCCGGCUCUAUCAAUGUGGUUGACAUUCAUUCAUCGAGAAUCAAGAAGAGGUCAUUGAAGCGUGCCAUUGCCCGAGCGGAGCGCCAGGGCACCUCGAACUACAAAGGAAAGCAGCUGUUUAGCGCCUCCUUGUCGUCUGGAGCAGGUAUGCGGCCAACUAGGGAAACCCUGAAGCAGAGAGUCGGAGUAUUGUCAUGGAACUGUGGGGGUCUGUCGGAGCUCUUAUUCGCAGAGAUCAAGCUAUAUCUCAGACAGCAUCCGGAAGUUCAUAUUCUGCUUCUCCAAGAAACGCAUCGAUCGAAUCUUCAAGAGUGGAGCGAAGACGGUUGGACGUUUGUGGGCAGCCCGUGUGCCAAACCUCGCUCUGGUGGCGUUAUGCUCGGGAUCAGGGAGGACUUCUGCUCGCGGGACACACUGCGAUGGCAAGAGUUGGUUCCGGGGCGGCUUCUUCAGGCGCGGUGUUUUGCGCAAGGGCAACAUCUCGACAUCUUGGGCGUGUAUCAGCAUACUCUUCCCUUUGGUUCUGCUGAGCUUGCAAGGGUUCUUCAGUUGCGUUGGGGUCUGUGGGAUAAACUGGACACGGCAUUGCGCUCCUUGCCUACGCGAUCCUCUAUCAUUGUUGCGGGAGAUCUGAAUUCUGGUCUGGAGAAGUCUCCACCGUGUACGGGUGGUGGUGUGCUGCCGCACAAUCAAACUGCUGAAGUUGUUUCUGAGCGUAAGUGGCUCACGGGGUUACUUCAGAAGCAUCAGUUAUGUGCCCUUAACACUUGGGGCCGCAAAUCCCAGAGCCAUACCUUUUUCCACAGUAAGGGCAAAUCGCAGAUUGAUUUCAUUUUGGUUCGGUCAGUUCUUGCUGACUCGGCUGCCAAGCGUUGUGUGCCCAAAGUUGCUCCGAUUGCGGGCUGGAGAUCAUCUGGUCACCUGCUCCUACAGGCAAUGAUUCCUCUGCGGUGGACUCCAUGGCGGUUGAGUCGUGGGGCUCGUGGCUGCAGUGAACCCUUGCACAGGGAGUUGCCUGCCAUCGCUGAUUUGAGGCGCGACAUUCAAGCCCAGAAUCCAGUAUCAGUACCUUCAGUUCAGAAGCCGGGUCUACGAGGGCUUGAUGGUGAAAUUGUUCACUUCUGGGAGGCUAGGAAACAGCUAGCGGCACAGCGCGUCCGCACCAUGAGGGAUGCCUUUCACAGACUUCGGCUCUUUCUUCAGCUCCGACGAAGGCAUCGGGAGCUUCGCGCUCUGGCGCGCGCUCGAAGGCGGCAGCAGCUCCUUGACAUUCUUGAACUUGCAGAGUCCGCUGCGAGAAAGGGGGAUAGUAAGGGGCUUUUUCAGUGUGUUCGGUGGUUGUCUCCUCGCAAAGCUAGACGCUCUAUUCGGCUGCGUGAUGCGGAUGGAAACGUCAUGCAUCCCAGGGCGGAGUGCAAGAUGCUAGCGGUAUAUGCCGCGGAGUUAUUCAAGGCUCGGAGUCCAGAGCACAUAUGUUCGGUCCAGUUGCAGCCAAUUGCACCACAGAUCUUCAGACCGGAAGCUUGGCAAGCUGCACUCCUUUCUAUGCGAUCCGGCAAGGCGGUGCCUAAUGGAGAGCCCCAGGUGCAGGCCUGGAAGAAUGGUUGUGCAGAGGCGGCCCACCGGUUGUCAGAGAUUGCACAGGCUUCACUGUGUGGUGAUCAGCCGCACAUUCCAUCAGAUUGGUCAUGGGUGCAGCUAGCGUGGCUGGCCAAGGCCGGCAAAACCCCUAGUAGUCCGGAGAACCUGCGAAGUAUCGGCUUAAUGCCCGUGGACGCGAAGGCUUUUCUCAUUGUCCUGCGGAACGAGAUCUCUUCGGUCAUACUUUCCAGUAUGCGGUCCACGCCUCAAUAUGCUUAUCGCCCGGGUACCUCUACUGCUGACCCGCUUCUUCGUGCUACACUCCAUUGCAGUGCUGUUCGUACCUUGCUUAAACAGCAUCAGCAUGACCACACUUCCAAACUACUUGGUGAAGCGACUGAGCCUUUAAUUGGAGGGCUUAUGAUAAGCUUGGAUUUGCGGAAGGCCUUUGACGCGGUGCCCCACUCGGAGAUCUUGGCUAGCUUGCUCGAGGCGGGUGUCGGCGAGGCCAUCGCUGUCCUUCUGGUUGGUGUGCAUGCCCAAACCAGGUGCUUUGUUCAGCAUGGUGGGGCCUCGGAGGCAGUACGCAUGACUCGAGGGCUGAGGCAGGGGUGUCCCAUUGCCCCCAUUAUUUUUGCUGCCUGGACUGCGAGAAUGCAUAGAAGGCUUGGCGAGGCUCUCCGGGAAAAAGGCCGGCGGCUGCGUGAUGAUCGCUACAGUCUUUUCGCGGAUGAUCUUCAUGCACACUGGCUUUUGCGAGAUGUUGCAGGCUUUCGAUUGGCGCUGGACGAGAUCAGGCUGCUGAUCGACACUCUGGGAUCGCUAGGCAUGUCGAUCAACUUCCAGAAGAGCUUGAUUGUGUUGAGGCUUCGUGGUAGUGCGGUUGCCAGGGCAUGCCGGUCCAUUUUGGUAUGGCGUGACGGAGGUCAGCAUGUGCGCAUUAGGUCUGGUUCUCAGGAUUACUGGAUUCCUACAGCAGCCACUAUGCCAUACUUGGGCGCGGUGCUGUCCUACGAUAGCUUUGAGCAACAGACUUUCGCUGCUCGAGCACAGGUCGCGCAGCAGAGAUUCCAGGAGCUUGGUCGGGUUCUGCGCACGCGCGGAGCGCUCACGCAGCGUCAGCGUGCUCGCCUUUAUCAGGCAACAGUGUGGCCGUGUCUUGCAUACUCCUUGGUCUUUGUGGGCGUGACGAUGCCUGUCUAUAAGGGGUGCGUCUCCGUCCUGGCAGGUCACUACCGGAAGAUUCUUCGCAUCUACGAGGAGGGGGUGAGCAAUGUGCAGGUGCUGACUCGAGCUGAGUUUACUCCAGCGGUGGCGCUUCGUGAUCAGCUUGCUCGGAAGGUGGACUCCAUUCGUGCCGAUUGUGGUCGCAGUGCUGAGCUCAAGGCCCCAGAGUUAGCACGUGCCGUUGAGGUAUUGGACCAAUUGGAUCGUGUUCUGGAGGUGCCCCUGGUGGGGGUGGGCUCUUCCUUGGAGCCAUUGGUCGUGGCCCUGAGCAGUGCGUGCCCGGUGUGUGGGGUGUACUUUGACUCUGAAGCCAGCGUGCAGAUGCAUAUCAUGCACCGGCAUCCCGAGAUCAACACUCAGGCCAAAUUAUCUUUUCGCAAAGAUGUUCACUCCCUAUUUGGAUUGCCAUUUUGUCGAUUUUGUCAGGGUCGGCUUUUUGAUUGGCGAUCGCUGGAGCGUCACAUCACAACAGGCACUUGCUUUAGGGUGAAGUCCUUCUUGGCUGAGGGUUUGACAGAAGACCAAAUGCUGGAGCGCAUUCGCGAGGAGGAAAUCGUCUCUCCUCCUGUACCACCAGCUGGCGCUCAAGGGCAGGAGACGGUCACAUGCCAGAUUGCGGAUGCUCUCAGGGUUGCCCCCGCACAGCUUGGCGCCGGAGGCUCUCGACUUCGUGUGUUGGCUACUCGCUGUGCACUUUGCCGACAGUGGGUCAAGGAGGCGGGAAAAAUCAAGGCACAUUGGCGGCAGUCUCAUCCUGAGCAGUACAGGAAAGUGAAAGUGGUGGCAACGGCGGAGGCUCGAAGUCUGUCUGCGGUCUUUGUUGUGCCGUGUCGAUUCUGUGGUAGUCGGGCCAAAAAUGAAUUGGAUCAUAGUGGCAAAUGCUCUGCUUUGUUCCAGCUUCUGGCAGUGCGGCAGCUCCGUGGUCUGGGGAUGGUCGACUCGAUUUCCAUCAAAGGCCCCGCAGCAAAACAAUGGCAGAGCACUCCGCAGUAUCAGUUGUUCGAGGUUGGCUCCACCCCGAUCGGUCGGGCUUUUGGUCCGGGUCUCAAGGCUGCCUCUUCCUCGGCAUCGACUAUGCGGCCACCGAAAGUUGCGGUAGCCACUUCUACAUUGCAGGUGCCAUCUGGAGUCGUGGUGGGCCCCUCUCCGGUCCUGGAGUCCGGCUGGCUGCUUAGGCUUCGGCUAAGCAACGGUGGCAACCUCUGCUUCAUGAAUGCUGUGAUUCACGCUUUGCUCUUUGCCAUGCAGGGUGCCGACGGGCUGGGAAAUGCCAUUCAGGGCUUCUAUCGGCUGGCGGAGCAGGCGGUCUCUCGCAAUCAAGCGCUGGCUCUUAGUGGACAACUCAUAGUUCGCUCCGUUCUGAGAAGGUGGUCCUUUGAUGGCAGGCAACACGAUGCUUCUGAGUUUGCCUCAGUUCUUCUUCGCGGAUUGGGAUUCAGCUUGGCUCGGUGGGAAGCCCGAUAUCAGCGUUUCGACCAAGUUCGAACUCCUCAGCGUGGCGUUCAUCCCAUUGCGAUCCCCAUUGGUCUUGUGGCAAGUCCCCUACAGGAUCUCAUCAGCCAGUGGUUUGCACAGGAGUUUCGCCAUGCCUUGAUUGAGGUUCCCAGCUUGCUGAUUCUUCAAAUUGAGCGGUGUGGUGAUGGUCAUAAAGUGCAUACGCCGGUUGCUCCCUCGGACUGUGUACAAGUGCCGGUGUUCACCGAAGGAGUAGCCGUACGGUGGCAUGACUUCCAGGUCGCGGCUCUGAUCGAACAUCAGGGUGAAACCCUGGACUGUGGUCACUAUCGCGCGGUGCUCAGAAUGGACUCCAGCUGGUGGCAUGCUGAUGAUAGCUCUGCUUCGGUGCGGGUUGAGUUCACGCUGGAUCUGCAGCGGCGAGUGUACCUUGCGCUACUCGUCCCGGCUCGAGCAGACGUGGAGUCUGACGCGGGCCCGAUCGAACUGAUUGACGAGCCUGCCUGCUAG